AUGAAGAAAUGUAUUGAGAUGCAUGUGACGAGUCUUUAUGAGAAAAUAGCCAACGUUCCCUCCGAUGAAUUAUUGAACCAGUAUUAUUCUAUGUGGAAAAUUUACUACAAGGGAGCGAAUUACGUUCACAGGCUCUUUGGAUAUCUGAAUAAUCAGUUUGUGAAGUCGAAACGCUCCGUGGAGGGUGAUGCAGUGGCCAGUUAUGCAACAUUUCUGCAGAAACCUGAUGUGAAGGAGAUUGGCUGCGUGAGUGCUCUGAGUUUCUUCAUAGAAGUUUUUGUUUUCAAAUUUUACCCUAGUUCCCAUUUUUUCUUUUUCUCUUGGUUUACGCCCAUCCUCCCCAAAACAUGCUCUACAUUGCCGGCCGUUUCCUUUUCACUAUAG